CCAACCACCACCAUGAUCGCUGCUAAGCUGACCCUCCUGCUGGGCCUCCUCGCCACGGCCUUCGGUGACACCUCCUCCGGCCACCAUGGUGGUAUCGGUGGCCUCGGUCACCAUGGUGGUAUCGGUGGCCUCGGUCACCAUGGCGGCCUCGGCCUUCAUGGUGGCAUUGGCCUUCAUGGUGGUAUCGGUCACCAUGGUGGUAUCGGUGUUCAUGGCGGCCUCGGUCACCAUGGUGGAGGAGCCAUCUACGGCGGCGGCCACCAUGCAGUAGUGGACCAUCAUGUCCCAGCUCAUUACACUUACAACUACGGGGUCCACGACGCCUACGCCGGCACCAACUUCGGUCACAGUGAAUCUCGCGACGGCUACAAGACCGAAGGCAAGUACUACGUGAACCUGCCCGACGGUCGCAUCCAGACCGUCACUUACUACGCUGACGAGCACGGCUACCACCCCACCGUCACCUACGAGGGCGUCCCCCACCACCAUCACGCCGCCCCGGUCCAUCAUGGCGGCUACCACUAGAUGUGGACUUCCUGUGACUGUAUUGUGCGAUUUAUUUAUAACUUAAACGACAAAAUGUGAAUUGCGUCUUACAUUUCCCAUUCAGAAGUGAGUUCCUAAUGCUGUUGACUUGUGAAAAUAAAUGACUAUUUAUAA